AUGCCGAAUGGGUCGAUCCAGGUGGAGAUGGGCACCAUGAGAAGGCCUGCAGGCAAAGGGAUCUUGUCUAAUUCCAACGAAAUUGCCUUAUCCUUCGAAAAUGUGGAUGCUUGGUCCGUACCAAAAAAAUCCUCCGGGAAUAGACUGCUCAAUCUCUGCCGGAAGACAGAAGCUGAUAAUGCGAAACACAUCCUCCGAAAUGUAACUGGAAUCGUGCGUCCGGGGGAAAUGUUGGCCAUCAUGGGAGCCAGUGGGGCCGGAAAGACUACAUUGAUGAACGUGAUGACGUCGAGGAACUUGGGGAAACUCAGGGUCUCCGGGAAACUCAUGGUGAAUGGGAAAACUAUCAAAAGGAGCGCAUUAACGAGUAUGUCCGCCUAUGUCCAACAAGAAGAUCUAUUCAUCGGUACCCUCACAGUCAGGGAACACCUACGAUUCCAGGCUCGAUUGAGAAUGGAGAAAGAUAUCAAAUAUCGGCAGCGUAUGGAUCGUGUGGAAGAGGUCAUCAUGGAGUUGGGAUUGAGUAAAUGUUCAGACACAAUAAUUGGGAUCCCUGGACGGAUCAAGGGCAUUUCUGGCGGAGAAAUGAAGCGACUCUCUAUCGCCUCCGAGGUCCUGACUGAUCCACCGUUGCUCUUCUGCGACGAGCCGACCUCAGGCCUGGACUCGUUCAUGGCCCAGCAAGUUGUGGCUCUCAUGAAGUCCCUGGCAGAGAAGGGGAAGACCGUCCUUUCAACCAUCCAUCAACCUUCAUCUGAAGUCUACACCAUGUUCGAUCGUGUUCUCCUCAUGGCAGAGGGGAGGGUUGCGUACCUGGGAGACGCUGAUCAAGGCAUCAACUUCUUUCGACAGAUGGGCCACGAAUGCCCGUUGAACUACAACCCGGCGGACUUCUACAUCCACACCUUGGCCAUCGUUCCGGGAGCGGAGGAAGAAUGUCGAGAAAGGGUGGCCCAGAUCUGCGACGCAUUCAGAGACUCAGAAGAGGGGAAGGCUCUGGCGAAGGAAGUCGGCUUAUCCAGCGACGAAUUCACUAAGGCCAUCCCAAACGACCUGACGGAUGAUAACCUGAAUAACAUUGAGAAGACUUCCAGGUACAAGGCGUCAUGGUUUGCUCAAUUUCUCGCCGUCUUAUCCCGAUCCUGGACGGCAAACCUUCGAGAACCCAUGGUCGUUAAAAUUCGAUUCAUCCAAACCCUGAUGGUGGGCAUUCUGUUGGGGAUCAUAUACCUGCAGCAGGAUCCCUCAUUAGAGGGUGUGAUGAACAUCAAUGGCGCUCUUUUCCUCUUCCUUGUGAAUAUGCAUUUCCAGAAUUCCUUUUCAGUCAUCAACGUGUUCUGCGAAGAGCUACCUGUCUUCUUACGGGAACACACGAGUGGGAUGUACAGAACAGACGUGUAUUUCGUGAGCAAGACAUUAGCCGAGUUUCCGUUCUAUGUGAUCUUUCCUGUCAUCUACGUGGCUGUUCCCUAUUACAUGAUCGGCUUCAACGCAUCAGUGGAUCGCUUCUUCAUCUGCGUCCUCAUCAUGGUCAUCGUUGCUAAUGUCGCUUGCUCCUAUGGGUACAUGGUAUCGUGCAUCGCAAGCACUGUCACCAUGGCUUUGUCUCUUGCUCCACCUAUGACAAUUCCGCUCAUGCUCUUUGGCGGAUUUUUCCUCAACAAUGAAAGGCCGGAAAGCAAUGGGAUCUUGCCUACUUCCAAGGAAAUUGUCUUUUCUUUCGAUAAUGUGGAUGUUUGGUCAGUACCAAAAAAUACAUUUGGGAAAAGACUGCUCAAUCUCUGCCGGAAGACAGAAACUGAAAAUGCGAAACACAUCCUCCGGAACGUGACUGGCAUUGUGCGUCCGGGGGAAAUGCUGGCCAUCAUGGGAGCGAGUGGGGCCGGUAAGACGACGCUGAUGAAUGUGAUGACAUUGCGGAAUUUGGGGCAUCUUAGGGUCUCCGGAAAACUCAUGGUGAAUUGGAAAACUUUCAAGAGGAGUGCGUUGUCGAGUAUGUCUGCCUAUGUCCAACAGGAAGAUCUCUUCAUUGGCACCCUAACAGUCAGGGAACACCUACGAUUCCAAGCUCGAUUGAGAAUGAACGAAGAAAUCAAAUAUCGGAAGCGCAUGGAUCGUGUGGAAGAGGUUAUCACGGAGUUAGGAUUGACUAAAUGUUCAAACACAAUGAUUGGUGUCCCCGGACGGAUCAAGGGCAUCUCUGGCGGAGAAAUGAAGCGACUCUCUAUCGCCUCCGAGGUCCUGACUGAUCCGCCAUUGCUUUUCUGUGACGAACCUAUCUCAGGCCUGGACUCGUUUAUGGCCCAGCAAGUUGUGGCUCUAAUGAAGGCCCUGGCCGAGAAGGGAAAGACGGUCAUUUCAAUCAUCCAUCAACCUUCAUCUCAAGUCUACAACAUGUUCGAUCGUGUUCUGUUCAUGGCAGAGGGGAGGGUUGCAUUCAUGGGAGACGCUGAUCAAGGCAUCAACUUUUUUCGACAGAUGGGCCACGAAUGCCCGUUGAACUUCAACCCAGCGGACUUCUUCAUCCACACCCUGGCCAUCGUUCCGGGAGCGGAAGAGGAAUGUCGACAAAGGGUGACCCAGAUCUGCGACGCAUUCAGAGACUCAGAAGAGGGGAAGGCUCUGGCGAAGGAAGUCGGUUUAUCCAGCGACGAGUUGACGAGGACGAUCCCGAAUGACCUGACAGACGAUAGCCUGAAUAACAAUGAGAAGACUUCCAGGUACAAGGCGUCAUGGUUUGCUCAAUUUUUCGCCGUCUUAUCCCGAUCCUGGACUGCAAACCUUCGAGAACCCAUGGUCGUAAAACUUCGAUUCAUCCGAACCAUGAUGCUGGGUAUACUAUUUGGCAUCACUUUUCUACAGCAGGAUCCCACGUCAGAAGGUGUGAUGAACAUCAAUGGAGUCCUUUUCCUUUUCCUUUUCAAUAUGCACUUCAUGAAUUCCUAUUCAGUAAUCAAUGUGUUCUGCGAAGAGCUGCCUGUCUUUUUACGGGAACACACGAAUGGCAUGUACAGAACAGACGUGUAUUUCAUGAGCAAGACGUUGGCCGAGUUUCCGUUCUACGUGCUCUUUCCUAUCAUCUAUGUGGCUAUACCCUAUUACAUGAUCGGUUUCAACGCAUCAAUGGAUCGCUUCUUCAUCUGCGUCCUCAUCAUGGUCAUCGUUGCCAAUGUCGCUUGCUCCUACGGGUACAUGGUAUCGUGCAUCGCAAGUACUGUCCCCAUGGCUUUGUCUCUGGCUCCAAUUACGACAAUUCCACUCAUGCUCGUUGGUGGCUUCUUCCUCAACAACAACUCUAUCCCAGUGUACUUAAUAUGGCUGAAAUACGUGUCAUGGUUCUACUACGGGAGCGAGGCCAUCAUGAUCAAUCAAUGGAAAGAUUAUGAAUGGAAAGAUGCCAGGAAUUCCACCUCAAUAUUUGGCAAUGACACGACGCUGAUGAACGUGUUGACGUCCAGAAACUUGGGGAAACUCAGAAUCUCUGGGAAACUCAUGGUGAAUGGGAAAGCUAUCAAGAGGAGCGCGUUGACGAGCAUGUCAGCCUACGUCCAACAGGAAGAUCUCUUCAUCGGCACCCUCACAGUCAGGGAACACCUACGAUUCCAGGCACGAACCAUGAAAGCCCAAUUGAGAAUGGACAAGGAAAUCAAGUAUCGACAGCGCAUGGAUCGUGUGGAAGAAGUCAUCAUAGAGUUAGGAUUGAGUAAAUGUUCAGACACAAUAAUUGGGAUCCCCGGACGGAUCAAGGGGAUCUCAGGUGGCGAAAGGAAGCGACUCUCUAUCGCCUCUGAGGUCCUGACUGAUCCACCGUUGCUUUUUUGUGACGAGCCGACCUCAGGCUUGGACUCAUUUAUGGCCCAGCAAGUCGUGGCUCUCAUGAAGUCCCUGGCCGAGAAGGGGAAGACCGUUCUUUCAACCAUCCAUCAACCUUCAUCUGAAAUCUACACCAUGUUCGAUCGGGUUCUACUCAUGGCAGAGGGGAGGGUUGCGUACCUGGGAGACGCUGAUCAAGGCAUCGACUUCUUUCGACAGAUGGGUGAGGAAUGCCCGUUAAACUACAAUCCGGCUGACUUCUACAUCCACACCUUGGCCAUCGUCCCGGGAGCGGAGGAAGAAUGUCGACAGCGGAUAGACCGGAUCUGUGACGCAUUCAGAGAUACAGAUGAAGCGAAGACUCUGCUGAAGGAACUUGGCUCAUCCAGCGAAGAGGCGGGUGGGGAAACCCCAAAUGACAUGACGAGCGAGAACUACAAUGAGAAGACGUCCAAGUAUAAAGCAUCCUGGUUACCACAAUUUAUUGCCGUCUUAUCGAGAUCCUGGACUGCAAACCUUCGGGAACCCAUGGUCAUGAAAAUUCGACUCAUCCAAACCCUGAUAGUGGCCAUACUGCUCGGAAUUAUCUACCUGCAGCAGGAUUACACACUCGAGGGGGUAAUGAACAUCAAUGGCGCCCUUUUCCUCUUCCUUGCCAAUAUGCACUUCCAGAAUUUCUUUUCAGUCAUCAAUGUGUUCUGCGAAGAGUUACCUGUCUUCUUACGGGAACACCUGAGUGGAAUUUACAGAACAGACGUGUAUUUCAUGGGAAAAACGUUGGCCGAGUUUCCGUUCUAUGUCAUCUUUCCUGUCAUCUAUGUGGCUCUUCCCUAUUACAUGAUCGGCUUCAACGAAUCGGCGGAUCGUUUCUUCAUCUGCGUCCUCAUCAUGGUCAUCGUCGCCAAUGUCGCUUGCUCCUUCGGGUACUUCAUAUCGUGCAUCGCAAACACUGUGACCUUGGCUUUGUCUUUGAGUGCACCUAUGUCCAUUCCAAUCAUGCUCUUCGGUGGCUUCUUCCUCAACAAUGACUCUGUCCCGGUGUACUUCAUAUGGCUGAAAUACGUCUCAUGGUUCUACUAUGGCAACGAGGCCCUCAUGAUCAAUCAGUGGAAAGAUGUUGAAUGGAAAGUCUUGCCUCCUUCCAACGAAAUUUCCUUCUCCUUCGAAAAUGUGGAUGUUUGGUCCGUACCAAAAAAUUCCUCCGGGAAUAAGCUGCUCAAUCUCUGCCGCAAGACAAAAGUUGAAAGCGUGAAACACAUCCUCCGGAAAGUAACUGGGAUCGUGCGUCCGGGGGAAAUGUUGGCCAUCAUGGGAGCGAGUGGGGCCGGAAAGACGACGCUGAUGAACGUGAUGACGUCGAGGAAUUUGGGGAAACUCAAGGUCUCCGGAAAACUCAUGGUGAAUGGGAAAACUAUCAAGAGGAGCGCAUUAACGAGCAUGUCCGCCUACGUCCAACAGGUUGAUCUCUUCAUUGGCACGCUCACUGUCAGGGAACACCUGAAAUACCAAGCCCGAUUGAGAAUGGAGAAAGAAAUAAAAAAUAGACAGCGCAUGGAUCGUGUGGAAGAAGUCAUCAUGGAGGUUAUGGCAAAAAUGUUAUUCUUCAUAUUAUUUUAUGCAUCAUCUUUGGGAUUGAGUAAAUGUUCAGACACAAUAAUUGGUAUCCCCGGACGGAUCAAGGGCAUCUCGGGUGGGGAAAUGAAACGACUCUCCAUCGCCUCUGAGGUCCACAUUCCAUUAUCUCAUUCAUAUUUCUUUAUUUUUCUUAAACGGAAUGUUCAUGUUGCAUACGUUCUGACUGAUCCACCAUUACUUUUCUGCGACGAGCCGACCUCAGGCCUGGACUCUUUUAUGGCCCAGCAAGUUGUAGCUCUCAUGAAGUCCCUGGCCGAGAAAGGGAAGACCGUCCUUUCAACCAUCCAUCAACCUUCAUCAGAAGUCUACGCCAUGUUCCAUCGGAUUCUGCUGAUGGCAGAGGGAAGGGUUGCGUUCCUGGGAGACGCUGAUCAAGCCAUCUCCUUCUUUCGGCAGAUGGGCCACGAAUGCCCGUUAAACUACAACCCGGCGGACUUCUAUAUCCACAACCUGGCCAUCGUUCCGGGAGCGGAAGAGGAAUGUCGAGAAAGGGUGACCCAGAUCUGCGACGCAUUCAGAGACUCAGAAGAGGGGAAGGCUCUGGCGAAGGAAGUCGGCUUAUCCAGCGACGAGUUGACGAGGUCGAUCCCGAAUGACCUGGCAGACGAUAACCUGAAUAGCAAUGAGAAAACUUCCAGGUACAAGGCGUCAUGGUUUGCUCAAUUUUUCGCCGUCUUAUCCCGAUCCUGGACGGCAAACCUCCGAGAACCAAUGGUCGUGAAAAUUCGAUUCGUCCAAACCCUGAUGGUUGCCCUAUUGUUGGGGAUCAUCUACCUGCAGCAGGAUUACACGCCCGAGGGGGUGAUGAACAUCAAUGGCGCCCUUUUCCUCAUUCUCGCCAAUAUGCAUUUCAUGAAUUCCUUUGGAGUCAUCAAUGUUUUCUGCGAAGAGCUACCAGUAUUCUUACGAGAACACACGAGUGGGAUGUACAGAACAGACGUGUAUUUCAUGGGGAAAACGUUGGCCGAGUUUCCGUUCUACGUCAUCUUUCCUGCCAUCUACGUGGCAGUUCCCUAUUACAUGAUCGGUUUCAACGCAUCGGCGGAUCGCUUUUUCAUCUGCGUCCUCAUAUUGGUCAUCAUCGCAAAUGUCUCUUGCUCCUACGGCUACAUGAUAUCGUGCAUCUCAAGCAGUGUCACCAUGGCUUUGGCUUUGGCUCCACCAAUGACCAUGCCACUCAUGCUCUUCGGUGGCUUCUUCCUCAACAACGAGUCAGUCCCUGUGUACUUCAUAUGGCUGAAGUACGUCUCAUGGUUCUACUACGGGAACGAGGCCCUCAUGAUCAAUCAGUGGAAAGAUGUUGAAUGGAAAGUUGCUGGGAAUUCCACCUCAGGCAAUGACGUCCUCGACUCCCUCAACUUCGACAAGAACAAUCUACCACGGGACGUUUCCCUGCUGUUGGCCCUGAUGGCGGGAUUGCGCAUCAUCGCCUUCCUGGCCCUCUACAUCCGAGCUAAAUGGCAUUGUGCGCCCGGGGGAAAUGUUGGCCAUCAUGGGAGCGAGUGGGGCCGGAAAGACGACGCUGAUGAACGUGAUGACGUCGAGAAACUUGGAGAAACUCAGGGUCUCCGGAAAACUUAUGGUGAAUGGAAAAACUAUCAAGAGGAGUGCAUUAACGAGUAUGUCCGCCUAUGUCCAGCAGGAAGAUCUCUUCAUCGGCACCCUCACAGUCAGGGAACACCUACGAUUCCAGGCACGAACCACGAAAGUCUCCAAAAACAUGAAUUUUCAAUCGCCCGACUGAGAAUGGAGAAAGAAAUCAAAUAUCGGCAGCGUAUGGAUCGUGUGGAAGAGGUCAUCAUGGAGUUGGGAUUGAGUAAAUGUUCAGACACAAUAAUUGGUGUCCCCGGACGGAUCAGGGGCAUCUCAGGUGGAGAAAUAAAGCGACUCUCCAUCGCCUCUGAGGAAAGCAUUCCUAUUGACAAUCAGGUCCUGACUGAUCCACCGUUGCUCUUCUGCGACGAGCCGACCUCAGGUCUGGACUCGUUCAUGGCCCAGCAAGUCGUGGCUCUCAUGAAGUCCCUGGCCGAGAAGGGGAAGACCGUCCUUUCGACCAUCCAUCAACCUUCAUCCGAGGUCUUCGCCAUGUUCGAUCGGAUUCUGCUCAUGGCAGAGGGGAGGGUUGCAUUCCUGGGAGACGCUCAUCAAGCCAUCGCCUUCUUUCGCCGGUAUGGUGCCCUGAAAUACUCAUGUAAACACUCGCAGCCAAGUAAGAUGGGCCAUGAAUGCCCAUCGAACUUCAACCCUGCCGACUUCUUCAUCCACACCCUGGCCCUCGUCCCGGGAUCAGAGGAGGAAUGUCGACAACGGGUGGCCCAGAUCUGCGACGCAUUCCGAGACUCGGAAGAGGGGAAGGCUCUGGGAAACGAAAUUGGCUCACCCGACGACGAGGCGCCCUCUAACGACCUGGCAGACACCAACCAGAACCAGACCGAGAAGACGUCCAGGUACAAGGCCUCCCGCUUCUCCCAGUUUCGGGCGGUCCUCUCCCGUUCCUGGACGGCCAACCUGCGGGAGCCGAUCAUCAUUCGAUUCCGAAUCGUCCAAACCCUGGUCGUGUCCUUACUGCUCGGGAUCGUCUUCCUGCGACAGGAUUACACGACGCAGGGCGCGAUGAACAUGAACGGGGCCCUCUACUUCUUUCUCAUCAACAUGCACUUCCAGAAUUCCUUCUCGGUGAUCAACGUGUUCUGCGAAGAGUUGCCCGUGUUCCUAAGGGAGCACCAGAGCGGGAUGUACGGAACGGGCGUUUAUUUCGUGAGCAAGACGCUGGCCGAGUUCCCGUUCUACGUCCUGUAUCCGCUCCUCUACACGGCGGUCGCGUAUUACAUGGUCGGGCUCAACGAGUCGCUCGAUCGGUUUGUCGUCUGCGUCCUCAUCAUGGUCGUCGUCGCCAACGUCGCCUGUUCCUUCGGUGGGCCGGAGGAUCCCGAGUUUCCCGAGCGCCGACCCCGAAUCGACUCGAGUUUUUUAAUUUCUCUUUCAGGGUACAUGGUGUCGUGCAUCGCAAACAGCGUCGCCGGGGCGUUGUCGUUGGCCAUGCCUAUCUCUCUCCCACUCCUUAUGCUUGGUGGCUUCUUCCUCAACAACGACUCAGUCCCCGUGUACUUCGUAUGGCUGAAAUACAUCUCGUGGUUCUACUACGGGAACGAGGCCACGAUGAUCAAUCAAUGGAAGGACGUCGAGAGCAUCCAGUGCGAGCGCGGGAACUCCUCCGCGCCGAUCGAGUGUCCCGACGGGAAUGCACUCCUCGCUUCCCUCCACUUCGACGCGGGGAAUUCCUACCGGUCGCUGAGUCCGCGAGAGGAGGGAUCGGUCCUGGCCUGGAAAGACCUCGACGUCCAUGCCCCGAUCAGGCAUUUCGACUGGUGGCGGCGACGCAGCACCCCCAAGUAUAAACAGGUUCUCUUCGCUGCCGAAGGAUGCGCGAGACCAGGCGAAUUCCUCGCCAUCCUGGGAGCCAGCGGAUCCGGCAAGACGACGAUGCUGACCUGCCUCGCCCAGCGAGCCUCCCCCGACCUCCUCAUCCGCGGCCAGGUCUCCCUGGACGGCCGGGAGGUCAGGGACUUCUUCGAUCGAUCCGUCGCCAGCGUCUCGGGGUUCGUCCACCAGGACGACGUCUUCCUCCCCAGCCUCACCGUCCGGGAACACCUGCGGUUCAUGGUAUUGCGGGGUGUCGGGGUGAGGCAGGGAAAAGGUAACCGAGAGUAACUGAG